AUGUCGUCGUUCCCUGCGUCCAAGUACUCGCGCUACAAGCGCGCCACCGCCUUCUUCCUGGACUGGCUGCUACGCGCGCGUGACCACGGACGUCACACAGGCAAGCGCAUGCAGCUGGAGACGCUCAGCGUCAUCGCGAAGGACAUUGCGGCGGAUCCGUCGAGUCUCACGCCCAACCUACUGCAGGAGCUUCACAAGGCCCUCGCUGCGUGGGAUGGAGGUAGAGCAACAACACCAGGCCCCGGUAGAGCCGUUCGGAGCUACUACGACAUUCUACAGGUGGACGAGGACUACUUCCCUGACGAGGACACGGGCUUUGGGGCCUCUGGGGUCCCCAAGAGAGCCAAGGCGGACAGGAAGAGGCUGUUCGAGGAGGCGUUCGCUGAAGAUCUGAAGCUGGAGCUGGUGUGCUACUUCUUGGAGCUGGAGGAGCUGGUGGAGGGGGUGUUUGACGUCUACGACCAAGUGAAGAAGCAGCAACACACGCUGGUGGAGGCCACAGUGGCGAAAGUGGCCAUGAACACGGUUAGCUCAAUGACGGCGCAGUUGCAGCUGAAAUACCCAGCACUCAAGACGGCGGAAGAUGUAUUCACUCUACUCAGGGAGCAAAUCCCCGAGAGGGUUCAGAAGCGUGUUUCCAAUGCUGUCACUGCUGCGCGGCAGAAGUUUGAGGAGGGGACGCCUUUCACGCAUGUUCCAGGCAUGCUGCUGAUUGACUUCGAGAACGUUUUGUACCCCAGCUCUAGUCUGGUCAUCCUGAUCGCGCAGCAGUUGCCGAUGUUGUACAACGCGUAUGUGGAUAGGGUGAACCACACUGGAUCUGGAUUUGAUCAGUUUGGAUUGGUGAGCUCAUUUAUGAAGCUCACGGAGGACUAUUUCAAGUCACGCAAGGCUUCAGUCGAGGCUGUCAUGACUUGCGUUUUUUGGAUGAAGUCAGUCGUGGCGCUGCAAGGAAAUGCUGA